GGGAGCCCAGCCCCUGCUGGGGAGCCUCAGGACACUGAGCUAUUGGAGGAACCUCGACCAUGGCCUGCAUCUCUCUCCUGUUCUCACUCCUGACUGUCUACACAGGUUCUGGGGCCUCCUAUGUGCUGACUCAGCCACCUUCAGUGUCCAAAAGCCUGGGAGAGACAGCCUCCAUCUCCUGUACUGGGGAUGGAAUUAGCAGCUACUAUGUACAGUGGUUCCAGCAGAAACCUGGCCAGGCCCCUGUAGAGGUGAUAUAUUACACUAGCAGCAGGCCCUCGGGGAUCCCUGACAGAUUCUCUGGCUCCAGCUCAGAGAACACGGCCACCCUGAGCAUCUCUGGGCUCCAGGCUGAGGAUGAGGCUGAUUAUUACUGUCAGGUGUGGCAUGGUAAUGCUAAAGCCCUGUAUGUUUUUGGCGGUGGGACCCAACUGACCGUCAUCGGUCAACCCGCAGUAGCCCCCACCGUUAAUGCCUUUGCAUCCCAAGAAGAGCUAGCCACCAAGAAGGCCACCCUCGUGUGUCUGCUGAGUGGCUUCUACCCAAGAACAGUGGAGGUGGCAUGGACCAAGGAUGGCUCCCCCGUGUCCCAGGGUGUGGAGACCUCCCAGCCGUCCCGCCAGAGUGACAGCAAGUACUCAGCCAGCAGUUACCUCUCACUCUCUGCUGACCAGUGGCUGUCAGCCAACACCUUCACCUGCAAGGUUACCCACGAUGGCAAGGUCAUCCAGAAGGAGCUCUCGCGCAACCAGUGCACUUAGAGGACCACAUCCCUCUCUCACGCCUCCCUCUCUCCCCACACAGGGGCUUCCCCAGCUCAUCCUCCCCUCUCCUCGCUUUCAAUAAACAUCUUGUCCUUUCACAUUCA